UCAAGACCGUCGAAGUGCAGGACAGACAUUGACGGACGACGGCCGACGGUGAUAUAUGAACAAACAUUGCGUGGAAUGUGAGAAUCAAUGGGUGAACAGAUGUUGGUCGUUGAUAGUUUAUGGUUCUUUCAUAAAAUCUCUAUUUACAGAGCUCGAUUAGCGAUUGACCAGAAACACGUGAGAGAAGGCCCGCCCGGAGCACAUGAUCCCGAUUCACCCCAACAGCCGCGCGAUUGUUCUCAGAAGAGCAAGUUUGUCAUACGCAAAUCGCAGACAGCUCUCGCGAUGUCGGUUUCUGGAUGCCCUGAUGAACGACAGAUGGUAGAGCCGGCAGGCGGACCACCCGCCCGCCCUUGGUACGGAACACGUACCAGAACAAUACGAAAAAUACCAGUGACUAUCCAAUCCCUCUUCACCUUGGCCAUCUCCACGCCCCCAUGAACCUCCAAAGUUAUUCAACGAGGAGGCUCCCUCACGCUACAACCCCAAAUAUGACCGCAUCGUCCCCCUGCCCACGUUCAACGACGAAUCUCCGAAUGUGGGUGAAACGGCUGAAAGAGGAAACCAGCAGUUCAGGAUUGGCGACGGCAGCCGGUUCGGUACAACCUCCGAACCUGCUGAACGGCAUGUGUGCGCUGCAUUUGGAUCAAACCUACUCUAUCAGAAUCUUCAAGGUCAACCUCAACCUGCGAUGCACAAAUCUGCCUCGAAAGUGCCCCAUGAUCGAUCACAGCGACAGACGGUGA